AGGAAGAAAAUGGCCUCCACCAUCUUCUUCAUCUUCUUGACCGUCGCCAUUCUCGCAGUUUAUGCUACCGCCACAGAUUACAUCGUCGGCGAUGAGUAUGGUUGGACUACCAACGUCGAUUAUCAAGCUUGGGCUAAGGGGAAGCAGUUUGUCGUCGGAGAUAAACUGAUUUUCAAGUACCCGGCAGGCACAAACAGCGUGUACAAGGUGGGUGGGAACGGCUUCAAACAGUGUAUACCACCAGCUCAGUCUACACCCUUAACCACUGGAAACGAUGUGAUUGAAUUGGGGACGCCGGGCCGGAAAUGGUACAUUUCCGGGUCUGGGCAGUACUGUAAACUGGGACAGAAGCUCGUCAUUACUGUUUCGCCUAAGCCCCAAGCCCCAUCUCCAGCUACUUGGCCCAGAAAACUACUGUUUCCGGCUCCGAUUUCUUGGCCUCCCAUACCCGCUCAGGUUCCGGCUUGGCCAAUUCAUGUGCUCCCUCCAUCGCCAUUUUGGCCUUCCCCAAUUGUGAUCCCUCCAUCUCCACUACAGCUGCCUAUUCCGCAUUUCCCAUUCCCUCCCUUUGGGGGGGUACCAGUUCCGGCACCAGACCAGGGCGGUUACUAAAAUAAAUUAUAUAUGGACAUCUUUGAGUGGCAUAUAUAUAUAUAUAUAUAUAUAUAUAUAUAUAUAUAUAUAUAUAUAUAUAUAUAUAUAUAUGCUUCACACUUAUAUUUCCUUGAUUUGUAUUUUUUAUUUUUCUUUUAAUUAAUGUUUCUUGCAGACUGAAAUUUACAAAAUAAAUUGUGUGCGCGUGCUUGUAUUUGAAAUUCUACUGUUUCGUUAAAAAGAGUUUAGAUCACUUGAUCAUAUCAAUAAUUAUUAUUAUUAUUAUUAUUAUUAUUGAGUUUUAUUGUAUGUAUUCUCAAAUUCUUAUCUA